AUGAUUAAUUUUAUUAAUAAUAAUUAUAUAUAUGAUAAAAUUAAAGAAAAUUAAUUGGAAAAUAAAUAAAGCUUAGCAAAUACAUUUCAAUUAAAAAACUUUAAAGAAUUAAAUGAUAAAAAAGAGAUUUUGAAAAAUUAAAUAUUUAAAGACUAAAAAUAAAAAAAGGCCAUUUUCGAAUAUGUUCAGAAUUUUUAAAUAAAUAAGCAAUAAAAUUAAAAAAAUUAAAAAUUAAAUGAUUAUUAGACUGCAUUUUAUGAAAAAUUAAAAUAAAAUACUCACGAAAAAAUAUAGUAAUAGUAUAAAUAAUAAUAAAUUAAUAAUAAAUAAAAUUAAUAAUAAAAUAAUUUUAUUAAUUUAAAUUAUGAAUAUUUAGACUAAUAAUAUACACUAAAACAAAAAUAAAAUCAUUAAAAUUUUAGUAUUAGUUAAUUAGAAUUUAUUAAAUAUAUAGGAAAAGGAGUAUUUGGAGGUGUUUAUAUGGUGAGAAAUAAAGUUGAUUAAAAUAUAUAUGCACUAAAAGUAAUAAAUAAAUAAAUUAUUAAAUAGAAUGAGAUGUAAGAUUAGUUUUAAAGAGAAGUUUUAAUUAAUAAAAAUUAUUGUAAAAAUAAGAAUAUUAUUUAGUUUAUUGAUUAUUUCUAAGAUGAAUAAAAUCAUUUUAUACUUUUAGAAUAUGCAAAUGAUGGAAAUUUGGCUUAUUUUUUGAAAAAAAAUUUGAAAUUUGAUGAAAGAAUUUCCAAAAAAAUGGUUAAAUAAAUUGCUCUGGCUAUAUAAUUUUUACACAAUUAAAAUAUUUUUCAUAGAGAUUUAAAAUUAGAGAAUAUAUUAAUUUAAAAUGGAGUGAUUAAAAUUUGUGAUUUUGGUUGUGCUAAUUAUUCAUCAAAAAUUUUUAAAAAAAGGUCUUUCUGUGGAACUUUAGAAUAUUUGGCUCCUGAAAUAAUUUAGAAUCAAAUUUAUGACAAAGAAAUUGAUAUUUGGGCUUUAGGAAUUAUUUGUUUUGAAUUAAAUGCUGGUUUUACUCCUUUUGCUAGAAAUACUGAAAGUAAUACUUGUUAAGCUAUUUAGAAGGAUAUGGUUCUUUACCCAAAACAUUUUUCAUAAAAUCUUAUAGAGUUUUUAGAAUCUAUAUUAAAAAAAAAUUAAUAUGAAAGAAUAUGUAUAAAUUAAUUAUUAGAAAAUAAAUGGUUAUAAUAUUGA